AUGAGCACGGCCCGCACGCGCGCCGCCUGCAGCUGGAAAAUCAAAAUGACCGACAACACCGACAUGAUGGCGGACAGGAUCCCCAGGAAAGCCAGGACAAUUAGAGACCGCUGGCUGUACGCGUGCGACAUCCCGCUCCCACAGUUUGCCCGAGUAGAAAAAAAAGAAGUUUCCUGUCUGCGGUGGGUUUGUUCUGGCGCAAAUUCUCCAGCGCUCCUAAAGUUCCCAAAAGUGCGCAGACAUGGGCGUGCGCGUGAACGCGUCCGUGUCCGUGUGUCCUCCCGGGAUGGACGGCUUCCUCCCCAGCAUGGAUGUGCGCAGCGGCGUGCUGCGGUAGAGCGCCCCGCUGCCCGGUCUGAGCAUGUGAUGGGCUCUAAGCCCCCAGAUCCCGGGACGCACACGCGCGCGCGACUCGCGCAGUCCACUCGCCGACUGGGAGGCGGAGGAGCGCGUCCAAUGGCGCCGCGGAGGAGGCGGCGUGUGCUGAGCGAGAGAGAGAGGCGGGCCGCGGCGGCCAGCUGCUGGAGAGCAGCGUCCGCUUCAUCAGGGGGAUGUCAGCGCAUAAACACGGGAGCCGAACAGCAGCCAGGACGCUCGUCGAAACCUCUAUGGUUUCACCCAGUUUCAACGCUUCCUGCCUUUGUGGUCUCGAUCAAGUGGGCGCUCAGCAGUAACAGAAAACCAGAAACAAUGGGGAGGAAGAAAAUACAAAUUAGUCGUAUUCUGGAUCAGCGGAAUCGACAGGUGACCUUCACCAAGCGCAAGUUCGGCCUGAUGAAGAAGGCGUACGAGCUGAGCGUGCUGUGCGACUGCGAGAUCGCCCUCAUCAUCUUCAACAGCACCAACCGUCUGUUCCAGUACGCCAGCACCGACAUGGACAAAGUGCUGCUCAAAUACACCGAGUACAGCGAGCCGCACGAGAGCCGCACCAACACCGACAUCCUGGAGACCCUGCGCAGAAAAGGCCUCGGCCUCGACGGCUCGGAGCUCGACAGCGAGGAGGGCGCGCAGGUGGCGGCCGACAAGUACCCUCUGAGCGAGGGCAUGGACCUGUCUGUGGCUCGCCAGCGCUUCUAUGCCCCGUCGCUGCUUCCGCCCGAGGCCCAGUUCCUGGUGUCGGCCGAGAACGGCUUCCCCAGCCCGGCCGGGUCCGGCGCCGGGUCCGGCGCCGCCGCGCACAGGUCGCCGGCCUUCAAGUCGCUGAGCUCCAGAACCGGCGCCGCCAGCCCCGCCGGGCCGCACGCACACACCGCCUUCAUGUCCCCACACUCAGGCAUCGGCUACUCUGUGUUCUCCCACGGCAACCUGAACCGGAGCCUGGACGUGAAGAGCCCCCCCCACCUGAACCUGGGCGGCGACGGCCUGCGGGGAGAGGCCGGGGGUCCGUCGCGAUCCAACCACAGCUCUAGGGGUCUCUUGUACCAGGGCCUGCACAGCGGCAGCUCGGUGGUGGCCAUGAGCAAGGCAGGGCUGCUGGGCCACAGUCUGGGGGGUUACAGCCUUUCGUCACCAGGAGCUUCAGACUACAGCCAGCCAGGUUUUUAUCACUCUGUGAGUCUACAGAGAGGAGCAGUGAAUCCGUGGCAACCAGCGCAGCCGCCUCAGCAGCCCCACGGGCCUCACGGAAGCCCAGGGAUGACCAGUGGGGGGUGCUGCUACCCCGCUCAGACCUGCUCCUCAGCGUCUCCACACCUGCUCUCCCUCAGCAUCAAAUCGGAGCGCAGCUCUCCUGAACACAUGUCCUCACCCACCUCUCCUCCCCUGCACCACCUUAGGCAGCACUCCCCCAGUAGCAACUCGGAUUCGGCCCACCACACCCCUCCCGAAACCCACUCGGCCAACGAGAGGAAGGAGUUCCCCAAAGCUGGCUACGCCCAGGAGGAGGAGGAAGCGGGGCAGAUGGAGAUGGGGUGGCAGAGAUAACUAGCUGCACAAGACCCCCACCAUCUCCCGUCCAGUCAGCUGACUUCCAGCAAAACCAUGUACACACACACACACACACACACACACACACACACACACACACACACACACACACACGCACAAAUUCCCCCAUCAUCCCAGAGAGCAAAGCCUCUCUUUGUCUCCUCACACGGAGCUGGUCUCUCCUGGCGAUGAAGAGUUUUCCUCCUUCAAUUGUUUAAGAUGAGAUGCAAAAAGACAUUCGCUUUUUGUUUUAGUAGGUUUAGUUUUGUGUGUGGAGCUAAUGUGAGUCAUGAAUACAGUGUAAGUCACGUACCUUUUUGUUCUGGUAGCCACACCAGAACAACGGGACCAACUGAAAAUCUCCUAAAGUGCCUUUAUUGACGUAGCCUUCACAUCCUGAGCAGGUCUGUGGCCUGUGUUGUGUAAAAGCAGGAAAUAGGUGUAAGUUUAUAUUCUUUUGUGCAUUUACCCCUAAAUCAGUGAUACGGUCUCCGGCUGGUUCACACGGGGUAAAUCCAGAUGUACACUGAACAUGUUUUUAUCAGCUGUAAUUAAGACGUUAUGCAACGUUAUGCAUUACACAGUAAACUAUGAGGUUAAGUCUAAUUAUUUGUUUGAUCCGUAAGUGUGUGGUCACUGGUCAGACUCCUGUAUGUGCAUCUGCCCAAAGCAUUUCCUCACAGGGAUCAAUAAAGGUUUUGAUGAAACAAGUUUUUAAUAAAAUGACCUCAUUGACUUUCGUUGCUAAAUAAAAUAAUAAAAAUCUUGCGCUGCUCCACAGAGCGACACAAUGACAUUUGGGCUUAAAGCCAGUGCUCGGCCUCAGACCAGAGGUGGUGGUGAUGGUUUUCCUAUUUUCCCUUUGCCUUGCAAUCACACAUCACAAGUCUGAUUUUAUUUAACAGGUAAAAUAAAAUAUAACAAUCUUUAUUUAGCAAAUGAAUAAUGUACAUUUCGAUUAGCUUUAUUGUUGUCUUUGUCUUUGAUAUUUAUCUUAGACAUUGUGCAAUGCAGGAGUAAAUAUUCGUAGGAUGUUUUAUUAGACACUGACUGUUUUUUUUUGUUGAGGAGUUUUUACGUAAUAUACAUUUUCAUUGCGUGCUGAAUAUCCGUGUGGUGUGGGUUUUUAUCCGUGUUCUAAUUUCCGGUUCGAAUGAGUUUUUACUUAUUGUCCACAAAGGGGCGCCAUCGUAACAGCAAUUACGUCAGAACGAGAAUAAGAAUAAGAAAACCUUUAAUAGUCCCGCAGUGGGGAAAUUACCUCUCACAACAGCAGUACAGAUGAGCAAGAAUACAGGUACAGAACAGUUUGUGUUGGCACAGUACAAAGCAGUACAGUACAGUUAGAGUGAGUAUGAGGUCAUUGCAGGGUUAUUGCACAGUAAUGGGUAUAAGAUUUAUUACCGGUAACAAUAUACAUGAAUAUAUAUGUAUAUGUAUAUGUAUAACAAUGUAUAUGUAUAACAAUAUACAGAAUUUGCAGUGAGGAGCGGCCAACUGCUGACAAACUCUGCGAUGAAUCCCAGUGAGUGAACAAAGUGUGACAUUUAAUAAAUGCAUCACGACAAACUCUGCAGAGAUUCAGUAAACCUGCCAAGAAGGGGGUCUCAUUCAUGUGCUGCUGUGGAUUUUUUUGUUAUGUGAAUUAAAAUCAUCACGGGAAACCAAGUCAUCAGUAUUUUGAUGCUCUGGUGGGACAGUUUUUUAAUGGACAUUUGUUGUGAUUCUUUUUGAAUAAAAAAAGUUUGAUUUAUA